AUGUGCUGCUGGCGCGGGGGGAUGAUGCUGGCGGGGCCGCAGCUGGUGGCGGGGCCGGCGGCGCCGGGCGGCGAGCGGGCCCGGCUGCUUUCGCUCUACGUGCAGGACUACCUGGAGUGCGUGGAGUCGCUGCCGCUGGACAUCCAGCGCAACGCCUCGCUGCUGCGGGAGAUGGACACGCAGUGCCAAGAAGCAUUAAAAGAAAUAGAUGAUGUCUAUGAAAAAUAUAAGUCAGAAAAUGAUCCAGUUCAGAAGAAACGCUUGCAGCAGCAUCUUCAGCGUGCAUUAAUCAACAGUCAAGAACUUGGAGAUGAAAAAAUCCAAAUAGUUACUCAGAUGCUAGAACUGGUAGAGAAUAGAGCCCGGCAGAUGGAAACACACUCUCAGUGUUUUCAAGAUCUGUCUGAGAACGAAAAGCCUCUAGAAAAGGCAAAGAUGGAGUCCUGCCAGCCAGAGAGAUCUUCACGUAGACCUCGUCGCCAGCGAACCAGCGAAAGCCGUGAUCUGUGCCAUAUAGCAAAUGGUAUUGAUGACUGCGAUGAUCAGCCACCUAAAGAAAAGAGAUCUAAAUCUUCCAAGAAGAAAAAACGUUCCAAAGCCAAACAAGAGAGAGAGGUUUCACCUGUAGAAUUUGCAAUUGAUCCUAAUGAACCAACUUACUGCUUAUGCAACCAAGUGUCUUAUGGUGAAAUGAUAGGAUGUGAUAAUGAACAGUGUCCCAUUGAGUGGUUCCACUUUUCGUGUGUUGGACUCACCUACAAACCAAAGGGGAAAUGGUAUUGCCCCAAGUGCAGAGGAGACAAUGAGAAAACGAUGGACAAAUGUACUGACAAAUCAAAAAAGGAUAGAAGAUCGAGGUAG